AUGCUCUCUCCGUGCAGAUCAUCGAUUGGCCUUUUCAUGAUCCUUGCCACUUUUAUGUCGACUGCUGCCUUGUCUGCAUUCAUUCCUUCGUCGCCGACAUCUAUCAGCUCCAUUGCGACCACGACGACCCUAAGAUCCCGCAGCAACACGGCGAGGCCGAGCAUAAGCCUUGACUCCUUCUUUGGAAGGCGUCCACCGCGAUCCACCACCACCACUGUUCCGUCUCCGCCCGCCACAUCGAUCAUAAUAUCAGAAGUCUCUCGGCAAGACUUACGCCUAGCGGCAUCGGUGUGCAUUGAAAGUUUUUUCGGCACGGCCGACCGCCUCAACCCUGUACGCUCCAUGCAACUUGCCACUCUCCUCGACGAGCAAUUCGCGGACCUGCGCUCUCGCUUCGGAGGUCGUGCGGUGGGAGGGUCCCUAUAUCUGCAGGCGGUGGACGCAGACGGGGCAAUGGUGGGAUUUGUAGAGGUGGGAAUCACACAAUCCUUGAAAUACGGCAUGGAGCAAUACGGCGUGCCCGUGCGCGAUGAGCGACCGUACCUGGCCAAUCUAUCGGUGCGACCAGCCUUGCGUCGGCAAGGUGUCGGUCGCCGGCUAGUGCACGCAUGCGAGGAGAUGGUUCGAACCUGGGGCUAUGAUGAGCUGAUUCUGCAAGUGGAAGACAGCAACCAGCAGGCCCGCAAUCUGUACCGAGACAUGGGCUACAUCGAUUUAUACACGGAUGCGACGGGGCGUAAAUAUGAAUUAAGUGGAAUGAGCAUAAAGAACGUUAGGAUCAACAAGGUGACGUUGCGGAAGGCCUUGGUCCCUUCUGCGGCCAAGAAUCCUUUUGCGGCGCUUUGGGGCCAGCUCUCCAUUUCGCAGGGGUAG